AGGGGCCGGGCCACUCCCAUCGGCCCUACCCAUCCCUUGCCGCCUGGCGCUCGACCACUGUGGGCCGUCGGUGGGAGCCUGGAAGGAGACUGUGGGACAAGCACCCCCCGCCCCUUUCUCCACUCGCGGGACCUAACAAGACCUGGGUGGAGGAAAGAAGCGAAGACCCCGGAGCUGGGAGGAGCAAGAACCCUGACCCUUCCCCAUCUGCAUCUAGCCAAUAGGAACCCAGCCACCAUGGCGGAGCUGCAGGAGGUGCAUAUCACAGAGGAGAAGCCGCUGUUGCCAGGACAGACACCUGAGGCAGUCAAGGAGGCUGAGUUAGCUGCCCGAAUCCUCUUGGACCAGGGACAGACUCACUCUGUGGAGACACCUUAUGGCUCUGUCAGUUUUACUGUCUAUGGCACCCCCAAACCCAAACGCCCAGUGAUACUCACCUACCAUGAUGUGGGACUCAACUAUAAGACUUGCUUCCAGCCGCUGUUUCAAUUUGGGGAUAUGCAGGAAAUCAUUCAGAACUUCAUGCGGGUUCAUGUGGAUGCCCCUGGAAUGGAAGAAGGGGCUUCUGUGUUCCCUUUGGGGUAUCAGUACCCGUCUCUGGACCAGCUUGCAGACAUGAUCCCCUGCAUCCUGCAGUACUUAAAUUUCUCCACCAUAAUUGGAGUUGGUGUUGGAGCUGGAGCCUACAUCUUGUCACGAUAUUCUCUUACCCACCCAGACACAGUAGAGGGCCUGGUUCUCAUCAACAUUGAUCCCAACGCCAAGGGUUGGAUGGAUUGGGCAGCCCAUAAGCUAACUAGCCUCACCUCUUCCAUUCCGGAGAUGAUUCUUGGACAUCUUUUUAGCCAGGAAGAGCUGUCUAGAAAUUCUGAGUUGGUACAAAAGUAUAGAAAUACCAUUACACAUGCACCCAACUUGGAGAACAUUGAACUGUAUUGGAACAGCUACAACAACCGCCGAGACCUGAACCUUGAGCGCGGAGGUGAUACCACCCUCAAGUGUCCUGUGAUGCUGGUGGUAGGAGACCAAGCACCCCAUGAAGAUGCUGUGGUGGAAUGUAACUCAAAACUGGACCCCACCCAGACCUCUUUCCUCAAGAUGGCUGACUCUGGAGGUCAGCCACAGCUGACUCAGCCAGGCAAGCUGACGGAGGCCUUCAAGUACUUCCUGCAAGGCAUGGGCUACAUGGCCUCUUCUUGCAUGACUCGCCUGUCCCGGUCUCGCACAGCUUCUCUGACCAGUGCAGCAUCCAUUGACGGCAACCGCUCCCGUGCUCGCACCCUGUCCCAGAGCAGCGAGUCUGGGACUCUCCCUUCAGGGCCCCCUGGGCACACCAUGGAGGUCUCCUGUUGAAUGACCUCUUGCUGCCCUGUUGUAGGACCCAGCCCUCACCUCCCCCAGCACUAACCUGGGAGGUGCAUCAGGGCAUUGGGCGAGAGUGAUCAAGGGAAGAUGGGCAGACUAUGCAGGGGAACGUCCUUGAUCUUUGCUACCCUAACCUUGACCUCUAAUCUGUGAUUCCCCUCAGCCUGGGAAAGAUGCCCUAAUAUCUCUUAGGGAUCCAGGCUCCUCUAUUAUCCUCCCCUAUCCUCCAUUUUGGUGUAAGGUAGAGAGGGCAUGUAUCCCUUCUCUCUGUUCUAGAUGUCCUUAGAUGAGGGAUAAGAGGUUGCUGUAAUUGUCUGGAUGCCUCCAUUGGACUUUUCCUACUUAUCUCCUUGCAAGGAGAAGGGACUUGGGGCUGGAGCUCCAUUCACCAAAGCUGAUUUGGUUUCUCAUUAACCCUUUAGAUCUCUGAAGGGUAUGGGCCUGAAUAAUGAAUGUGUAUCAGGGGGAGGCUUGCUGGUUGGUUAGUGGCCCACAGGAUGUGAUAGGGAUAUCCAGUGUGCAGCAAGAAAGUUGGAAUGGGAAGUGGUGGGCAAUGAAUGUGUAUGGAGGAAGAUUGGAGCUGGGGCUAUGGGAAGGGGCCUGAGGCCAUUUGGUUGCACUAACUUCAGUAGUUGUUAGUGUGUGUCUAGAGUGGGAAGGGGGAGGGAGCUGAGCUUUGGCGGGGCUGCUUGGGGCUUGGCUUAGGGGUGGGAAGGGCUCCCCUGGGGCUAUGAUCAUACUGUGUUAUGUGUGGAAGGUGCCUUCCUGUCUUCCACAACUCC